AUGGGUCUUUUCCACCGAAGAAAAAAACAAGACAAGACUGCAGCGGCGCCGGAACCCAAGCGUCUUUUGCGGAAAGCACGCGGAUCUGCUCGAAUAACCCAGUCUCCCAAUGCCGAAAACGCAUCACCCCAUGAACUUCUGGUUGAGGAAUCCCAAGCAUCAGAAGAUCGCCAAGGCCCAGCAGGGCCAGGAAAUGGCCAAGGCGAAAACAUACGGCGCCAUACACGCGACGAAAGAGGCCGCACUGAACCUUCCAGCUACGGUGACUCUACUUUUAAUUAUCCUCAGACUGAUGACUAUACCCACGAUUGCAAUCGCCCAAAUGACAACAAUGUCCACAGUCGGCUUUACAACACAGAAUACCCACGUGAGCAUAAUCACAGCCACACCGCCAAUGUCAACAGCUCCAGCAUAGACACCAACGACGAUUCCUACGACAGCACCCCCGGCUUUUCCCGCUCGGUAUCGCCUGCGCUCAGUGACACGGAAACUCUUGCCUACACAAAAACGCAGCGGCUUCAGCUUCAGGAGACGUAUGCGGAAAACUUCAGCGUCUACCUCCCCUACCUCCUUCGACGCUUGCGGGUGGAAAAUCGACGGCGGCUGCCACUGCCAAGCAGCGACACUACUGUGGCCUCCAUACAGCCAGCGAUCAUGGGCCGUAGCGUUGACGAGUAUACCCACAAGCGCACCAUGGUGGUGGCGCUGGAGCUUUUGGGCAAGAUUCUUGUUUUCGCCAGCGCUGAGGAUUUCGAGGCGUUCAAGAUCUCACAAAAGAACAAGGAGCGGGGCGACAAGGGAGAAAAGAAGAAAGAGAAGGCCAAACGAAGGCUGUCUGAUGGACAGCCGAAAAAUAGCAUACCUGAGAGCAGACAACGCAAUAGCAUGAGCGAAAACAGACAACGGAACAGCAUACAUGAGAACAGACAACGGAACAGCAUACACGAGAGACAUGCCAGAAACAGCACAAGUGGUACGCACCAGAACGGCCAUCUUGUUUCGAACCAUCAUAGUGGUGCUUCUGCAGAAGACGGACAAGCAGCAAACCCGAUUCUCCGUGUCCUGGUGCCGUACAUGUCUGUGUUCCGCCGCAAGGUUCCGUACAUGAUAUUCGAGUGCCUUAGCGAAGGCGAACUCGUGCCCUUUUGUGCGGUACAUAUGCGUACCCAUGCCCACUUCCGGCGCUAUCUCAUGCACUUUACGCCUCCCAACGGAACACCAUUCACCGUGCCAGUGUUCCAAAACAAUUUCCGGCCCUUCUCCGACUUUGAGUACAACCACACCCGUUUCCGUGUCGUGGGCACGUCCGUGGCGGCGCACUAUUUGUCUCCUUAUAACCCAGAGUUGAAAUUGCUUGUUGUGGAUGCAACACAGCCUGCCCUUUGUGAUAAUCUUGUCCCGAGAGCACGACGCCCGAGCCGCCGUGGCAGCGCCGCAUCGACGCUGCUGUCUGAACGCAUGCCGAGCUCGGAAAUGGAAGACCCGGUUCCUGAAGCGUCGAACCGCAUUCUCCUCGAAGACAGCGGAGGUUUUCUGCGGCCCGUGCGCAACUACAUUCCAAACGAGUUGCCUCCGUUUGGACUCUUUAUGGAUGCCUGUGCAGAGCCUGGCAGUCGCCUGCUCUUGCCACGGAAAUUUGCCGACGCCGGGAAAGUUGUCCUCUACGAGCCCCCCGAGCAAGAGUCAAGCUUAGACCUGCUAGUGCUUACGUCAGUGAUGCUCACACUUCGAGAAACAGCGCUUCGGACAACCACACGGUAUCCUAACUCGGUGCUUCUUGGUCCUAUGGCUGCAUUGUAUCAGUCGCAAACUCCCGGCAUCACUGCGUCCAUGUAA